AUGGCCCGACGAAAUGAAAAAGAAGAAGCCCCACCACAGGGCAAAAUCCUUGACUCGUUUCCCACUGCAAUAGCACCUUAUGCUGAGCUGAUGCGCAUUCAUCGACUGUUGGGGUUCUACCUCAAUACGUCCCCGUAUCUUGUCGGUGUUGCCUUUAGCGCAUCCAUCUCAUCCACAAAGAUCCCAAUCGCUGUUCUCUUGCACCGCGCCAUCCUCCUAUCCAUCUGGUCUAUUUUCCUUCGAAGUGCAGGGUGCGUUUGGGACGACCUCAUCGAUAUGGACUUGGAUAGCCAAAUAUCUAGGACCAAAUCCCGACCCCUGCCGCGGGGUGCAGUGUCCCCGACAAAUGCGUUCUUGCUCACCAUCGCUCUCUUCGCCUGUGGAGGCAGUGUUUUGAGAUUUCUUCCAUGGGCCUGCACCGUGGACUGUCUCAUAAUCACAUUCUUUUCACUGUUAUACCCCUUUGGCAAGCGGUUUACCGACUAUCCUCAGAUUACCUUGAUGAACAUCGGGUGGGCGGUUCCGAUGGCAAUGCACAGCCUCGGGUUAGAUCCUCUAUCACAGAUGGCGCCAACUGUGUGCAUGUUCCUGUUCAUUGGAUCGGUCAUUAUUAUGAUUGAUGUGAUUUACUCGCGCCAAGAUACGGAGGAGGACUUGAAGGUUGGCGUGAAAAACAUGGCGGUCCGGUUCAGGGACUCUAUUCAACUCCUAUCAUAUUCUCUCCUUUACGCAUCCACCGGAUUCCUCGCGAUGGCAGGUCUUCUGACUGGCCUUAGCCUACCCUUUUUCAUCGUGUCUGUUGGUGGACAUUUCUGUGGAUUCUGGGUUCUCCUUAAAGCCACCCGGGUAGGGAAGUCGUCUGGAGUUGAAUCCUACGCCAAGUCCGCUUUCUUCCUUGCUACUUUGUUUUGGUUGUUCGGAUUUGUGAUUGAAUAUUGCCUGCGUAACUAG